AUGGCAAACGCAGCAUCUGGUAUGGCCGUGCACGAUGACUGCAAGCUGAGGUUCCUGGAGCUGAAGGCAAAAAGGACUUACCGAUUUAUUAUCUAUAAGAUAGAGGAGAAACAGAAGCAAGUUGUGGUUGAAAAAGUUGGCGAGCCGACUCAAAGCUAUGAUGACUUUUCUGCUAGUCUUCCUGCCGAUGAAUGUCGAUAUGCUGUCUUUGAUUUUGAUUUUGUGACGGCCGAGAAUUGCCAGAAAAGCAAGAUUUUCUUCAUUGCUUGGUCACCUGAUACUGCAAGGAUCAGAAACAAGAUGAUUUAUGCGAGUUCGAAGGACAGAUUCAAGAGGGAGCUGGAUGGGAUUCAAGUUGAAUUGCAAGCAACCGAUCCAACUGAAAUGGGCCUCGAUGUUAUCAAGAGCCGUGCUAACUAA